GCCGCGCCAUGUCGGUGAACAUGGAAGAGCUGCAGCACCAGGUCGUGAUCAGCCAGUUCGUUCUGGCCGCGGGCUGCGCGGCCGACCAGGCGGAGCAGCUGCUACCGGCGGCCCACUGGCAGUUCGAGACCGCCCUGAGCACGUUUUUCCAAGAAACCAACAUUCCCAACAGUCAACCCCCCAUGAUGUGCACUCCCAGCAACAACCCUAUGAAGGCCGUGGCCUUUCCCCCUGCAAACUUCAGCCCCUUCUGGGCCUCGUCCCCCCCAAGUCACCAGGCGCCCUGGAUCCCGCCCUCCUCCCCCACCACCUUCCACCGCCUCCACCACCCACAGCCCAUGUUUUUGGGUCCUUCAGGAGUUUCUCUUCAGGCUCCUCUCAUCUCCUCUUCCCCACCCCUGAUCGCCAGUUGUGGCCCCCAGAGCUCUUGUCACCCUGCCUGUCGUCGCCGGUCUCCGGCUCGGUUGUGCAGGACUGGCAUGGCGACUGAAGAGGUGCCUUGA